AUGGCUCCUGCUAAGGGUCCUCGUUCCAAGGUCGUCCUUGACCCUCCGGCUGCUCCAGGCGACCCCUUUGCUCCUCCUGUGGUUGACGCUGACAAGCCUGCCAAGGAUCAGGUGUCGGAAGGUGGAAAUGGCAACAAUGACAAUGAGAUCCCGUCAUCUCACAUGGAUAACACGGAAGCUGGCGGAUCUGGCCUGACAAUGGCGGAACGGCAAUCGGUGCAGGCUCAUGGCUCGGUUGAAGAGAUCCUGCUUGAAGAUGAUUCGGAUGACGAGAUGGAGGUGGAUCAUGACAAGGAAGCGGCAAUGAACUUCAGGACCACAGUCAUUCUGCUACUUCCCUUUGUGCUUGCUCAAGAGGUCGCUUGUGUUAUGGACACUGUUAAGAUGCUGAUGAAGCGUGGGUGGAAUGCAGAGCUCUCGCUUCACGCCUGGUCGACGACGAAGUUCCAGGAACUGCAGGCGCUGUACAUCGCGAAGGUCCGGUACUGUCGUCUGCAGCUCUCCUUCCUUCUGGAGCGGGAUGCGGAAAUCUGCACGUCAAAAGAAGUGGUGUACCAGAGGUUGAAUGGGAAACUGGUGAAGCUGCACUGGCAGCAUACUGACAAUGCUGCGUUUGUGCGCGAGCGUUCGCUUCGCCCUGCGGCUCUGGAGGUUAUCUUCCGCGAUGUUUCGGCAACUGUUGAGAUCGGCAUGCUGACAGACCGGCUUUCGACUUACAAGUUGCAGAAGAGUCAGCGGCCGGCCUUUCUCCGCUGCUCAGCAUUCCAUCGCGUCCUUCAUCCGGUGACUGGAGCGGACACGGAUGUUGUCAAAGGACUUGCUUAUCCGCACCCGGCUGCGUCCCUGAAAGCCACCUCGAUCCUCCUCCCUAUCCUCCGCGAUCCUGCACUGGCACUUAUUUCCACGGGGAGCAACAGGGAGGAGUGGUUAUGUACCCAGGCGGGGUGCAAGAAGGCUCACGGGAAAUGUUUCAUGACGGCGUCGGACCACAUCGCCUCAGCGGCUCAUCUCAUCUGCCAGGAGAAGCUCGGCACUGCGACCAAGAGCUCUCUCGAGAGGACGAACCUUGCUAUUAUCAAGAAAGACUUCGGGAUCUGA